AGCCAUUUUCCCAGCACAAGCUGCUGGACGCCUGUACUUACUUAUAGAAGGAGCCGGAGAUUUCAAGUGCAGGCCAUGGCCCGUCCCGGAGCGCUUCUCCUGGGCGCCAUCGCUGCGGCGCUCUGGCUUCGGACGACUAGGGAGAGCUUCAGCUUUGUGAACGGCGCCCCUCGGUCCGUCUUGAGAGCGCCAGCAGUUGGCAUGCAGUCCGAGAAGGUCGACAAAAUUGUGGACUCCAUGAAGGAGCUGACCUUGCUGGAAGCCUCAGAGCUCGUGAAGGCCAUCGAGGAGACUUUCGGCGUAGAUGCUUCAGCCAGCGCCGGGGCUGUGGUCAUGGCGGCCCCCGGCGGCGGAGGUGGCGAGGAGGAAGCGGCCCCUGAGAAGACCGAGUUUGAUUUGGUCCUGAAGGAGGUGCCUAAAGAAAAGAAGAUCGCCGUGAUCAAGGCCAUCCGAAGCAUUACAGGACUUGGUCUCAAAGAUGCAAAGGCGCAAGCAGACAACCCCGGCAAGGUUCUCGAGGGCAAGCCCAAAGACGUUUGCGAGGAUGCCAAGAAGCAGCUCGAGGAGGCCGGCGCCAAGGCGGACAUCGAGUGAGCGAUGCGCUUUUGGUGUCAACCAGGGGGUACGAGCCAAGAUGCACUGGCUGCAGCUGUUACCA